CUGCCUCGGAGGUGGGAAGGUGCCAACGCUCCGGGAGCGGGCAAGAUCGAAGAGAGAAGUUGAACAAUAAAAAUAUCCUGUAUAUUUUCCGCUAGACUUCCGUGCCUGAAAAUAAAAAGAAAUAUGAACACUAUUUACUAGAAUCACAAAAAACUGGUUAAUUUUGUGAAAUUAUAUAAUCUUCGGUGUGACUUUGGUGUGAACAUUUUAUAUUCUUUGAAACUUUGGACUGAACACACGAUAGAACUAUAUUUUCUUAAUGCAAUAGACACGAAGGGGUGAAGAAGAAAAGAAAAGAAAAGAAAAGAAAAAAAGAAAACGUAUGUAGACUAACAGACAAAUGAAAAGGGAGAGGAAAAAGGAAAGAAAGAAGAGGAAUUUGCUGAAGCUUAAAUCAUCGCGGUUCGUCUUCUGUUUAACUAAGACAGUCAUCAUGAUACCCGUGCCUGCCGCUGCCUCCCUGUCACUUAGCGUCAUCGCCAGCACAGCAGUUAUCAUCUCAAGCGUUUGUCUCGCUAACGCGGACGCCCCUAACCCCAACGUGUUCCGAGGGGCGCCGCCGAUCCAGUACUCGACCCUGAGUGGCCCCUCCUUCCUCAACAGCACAGACAACACCAUUGAAGUCGUGGCAGGGACGACCGCCAUGCUGACAUGCGGCAUUAAGAAUCUGCAUAACUAUACGGUAUCGUGGGUCCGGGGGCGCGACAUCCGCCUCCUGACGACGGGGUCCAUCACCUACACGUCGGACACCCGCUUCGUGCCAUUCAAUCCCUCCGGCGGCCAACAGUGGAUCCUCAAGAUUCAUUAUGUACGACUCACCGACGCCGGCUCCUAUCUCUGCCAGGUGUCGACCACGCCGCCCAUUACCCACGCUAUCAACCUCACUGUGCAUCCAGAGGCCGUGGCCAAGAUCCUCCCCGCCCCGGAAGUGCACGUGCAGCUGGGCAGCCGCCUGGAGGUCACGUGCCAGGUGGAGGGAUGCCCGCCGCCCGCCCUCCUGUCGUGGACGAGGGAGGGGCAGCCGGUGCUCACGCCCGACUCCAGCAACUACGACCUGGCCAACGGCAAUGCGACGACGCCCAUCGCGACCCUCACGCUAGCACGCCCGCACGCCGAAGCCAGAGACUCGGGCUCGUACAGCUGCUCGUCCAAGUGCACGACCCCCGUCAACGUGACCGUGCACGUCCUGCGAGAGGAGCUGGCCGCCAUGCAGCACCACAACGCAGCCUCCCGCAAGGUGGCCUCCGCCGACCUCCUCAGUUCCGUCCUGCUGGCGAUGGCGCUGCUGGCGUGGUGGCGCUGGCAGCGAGGGGGCCACAACACAGGCAGUGCCGAGUGCCAGCUAGACUUGGUACCCCCUGCGGACUUAACUGUGACCUGAGGUUGACGCAGAAAGGAAGGAGAGGGGAAGCAGGAGGAUUUACAUCUGAGAGUGGGGAGUUUCCUCUCUUUUGAGGUGUGGCUGUGAUGUCCAAUUUCCCAAAUGCCGUUCUUGCCCGUAAGUGGCUAGCCGUAAUCCUUGGUGUUCAUGUUGAUGUGAAAUUAUAUGAACAAUUAUCUGUCCCCUUGUAUCAUAAGCUGUGUAUAUAUUCACACAUACUACCAUUUAUUAUACUGUGGAUUGAAUGUACUGAAUAAAGACAUAUAUACUUCGAA